AUGGCGACAAUUGAUAAGUCUUGGACCAAAAUCAGAAAUCGUGGUUGCCAUGAAUUUUGGAAUGGUUUACAAGCAUUUUUAGCAAUGGCAUCAGAACAUAAGGAUUGUGAUGGAAGAAUUCGAUGUCCUUGUGUGAGAUGUAUAAAUAGUAGGUUUGAAAAAAUAGAUAGGGUUAGAGCACACGUAUUUGAUCGAGGUUUCAUGCAAGGAUAUGAUAAGUGGAUUUAUCACGGCGAGCCUGAGGAUGUUGUCGAUGAUGUAGCAGUUGCCGAUAUUGAAUCAGAGGAUGAAAUGAUACCUAUUCUAGAAGACUUCUUUCCCCCAACAACAGAGGAUGUACAAGGAGAAGAUGAACAACCAACCACAAACCCUCAGUUUGAUGACUUAUUUGAGGAAAUUGAAGCUGAAUUGUAUCCCGGUUGUGAUUGGAUUUCGUCUCUAAACUUUUUAGCAAAGCUAUUGCAUUUAAAAGUUAGGGGAAAAAUUCCUAAUAACAUCUUUGAAGAAUUAUUGAAGCUUUUAAAGUUUGCGUUUCCGAAGGAAAAUAAUAUUCCAUCAACUUACUACGAGGCAAAAAAGAGAUUGAAGAAAUUAGGCUUGGGUUAUGAUAAUAUCGAUGUCUGUUUGUAUAAUUGUUGCUUAUUUUAUAAGGAGAAUGCAUCCAAGGAGGCUUGUCCAGUUUGCGGAACUAGUCGUUGGGUUACUUCCGAGAACGGGAAAGGAAAAAAAGUUCCUUGCAAAGUCAUGCGAUACUUUCCGUUGACACCUCGACUUAAAAGAUUAUAUAGUUCGAGGAUUACAGCGAAAAGCAUGAUAUGGCAUCAUACUGGAAAAUCAAAAGAUGAUGGGGUGUUGCGACACCCGGUCGAUGGUUUAGCUUGGAAAGACUUUGAUGCAAAACAUCCCGAGUUUGCAAGGGACCCAAGAAAUGUUCGACUUGGGUUAGCUGCUGAUGGAUUUAAUCCAUUUGGCAACAUGAGUCUUGCAUACAGCAUGUGGCCAGUGGUGGUAGCUAACUAUAAUCUACCACCUUGGUUAUGCAUGAAAGAUAAUUAUUUUUUGCUAUCUACCCUAAUUCCUGGUGCAAAAUCUCCAGGUAAAGACAUGGAUAUAUUUUUAAGACCUUUGGUGGAUGAAUUAAAGGAGUUGUGGAAUAAUGGGGUAGCAACGAGAGAUAGUUCGACCAACUCGAUGUUCACAAUGCGUGCUGCGCUUUUGUGGACAGUGAAUGAUUUUCCUGCUCGUAGUAGCUUGUCUGGGUGGAGUGGUCAAGGUUAUAAAGCUUGCCCUACUUGUAAUGAAGACACGACGUCCAUUUGA